UCCUGUUUCAAACCAUGUUCUUCACUUCUUUGACAUCAUCGGCUAUUUGCGUUGAAAUAUUUCUUCCUUCUCUCAAUUUGCCACUCUCUCUCUCUCUCUCUCUCCCUUUCUCUGAGAUCACUCAGAGGUUUUGCACCAAGAAAUCAUGAUAUUUGUUGAUGGGGUCCCGAUUUCUACUGACCCAUCUUCUCAGGGAAGUAAUGCCCUGGUUGCUUUGAUGGAACACUCCACUCUGGUAUCUGUCUCAAAUUCUCUCAAGGCCAUCCCUGAGAGGAAGUUCUCGGUCAAUGAAGAGUCUAGCCAGGAGAGAUUAAAAAAGAGUAAAUGGGUUUAUGUGUUCCAAAGAGAAUAUGCAACUGUAGAUCCUGCACUAGUUGAUUUUGUUGGCACUGAUGAAGCAACAACCUGUGUGGGCCUUGUUAUACGCAACAAGCAAAAUGGAAUGACCUCGGUUGCUCAUAUGGAUUCUCCAAAUAUUGUAGAUAUGGGCCUCUCUCAGAUGUUAUCACUUGUUGUUGGUCAGAACUUGGAUGCCUACUUGGAGGUGCAUCUAGUCGGUGGUUUUGAAGAUGUUUCUCCUAAUUAUGCUAAUUCUAGGACUAGAUCAGAAAGCGGUGCAAAGUUGGAGGGUUAUUCCUAUCCUUUGUGUGCCAAAAUUGUUGAAAGUAUGUGCAUUAGACAGGAGAAGUUUCACAUCUGGACUUUCUUCGUUCUUGGGCAUAACACCAGAAGGGAUUCUAAAGGGAAUGCAUACCCCAUUUUCAAUGGAUUAGCGGUAGAAACUUCCACCGGAUCAGUUACCCCUUCCUGUUUUGAUAGAACUUCAAGAUGUCCGGAUGAAAUUGUCAGGAGAAUUCGAGUAAGUGCAUCCUAUGAGGACCCCAGCUGGAAUGGCAAGUUACUGGAGACAUAUGAUACUCAAACUGAUCAAUUCAGAAUUGCUCCCUGCCACUGGACCUUUCACCAAAAACAUAUGGCUUUGUUAAGACAAAAUUUUCGUGAUUCAGAAAUCCUCCUCGGAUGUUCUACUUCACCUUUAGCUGAGGGCCCGGAUUUUGUGAACAAUUUAAGAAGGGAGGAUGAAUUUUUGAUUAAACACCCAGAUUGGAGAGAAACCUUUCCGAUGAAUCAGCCACGAGUCUUUGAGAGGGCCGGUGACGGAGGAUGGAAGAAGUGCUGAUUAUAGUUACAAUGUUCUUCUGAAAAUAAUGGUACCGCCUGAAAUCAAGGCUAUAUGCACACUUAUUUUCCUCAUUUGUAUGUAAACUGUUCAGUUUUUACAGGGUCAUCACAUUUGCAAUUCUUGUGCCAAGUAUAAGCACAAUUGUCUUGCUCUGCAAUUGGCAUGUAUUAAGGUGUCUUUUAGCUAGUUCACCUUGUUGUUAUAUUCAAAGAAGAUUUAUACCCCAUUUAA